AUUCUCAGAACCUCAUCAUUGGCUUAAGUGUUGGUAUAUCCCUUUUUGUCAUUUUGUUUGCCACAAUUGGGAUUUUAAUUUAUUGCUGGAGCAAAAAAAAUAUGGGAAAAGAGAAAAUAGACGGGAGACAACCCAAAGAGCUGUUUGAGUCUAAACUCACCAGUCGGUAAGUACUCGAGCUUUAUUUUUAAAUACAUUAAUUUGUUGGUAGCCUGCUUCCUGAACCAGGAUGUUAUGAGGAGAUAUACUGUCCCACACAUUUUUUCAAUGCUGUAUUUGUUCUUAAAUUCUUGAAAUUUGAAAGUAUUUUUCAUCUUGUUCUCCCCUCUCUGAGUUUUGUUGUUACAUUAUAUAAUAGAUGGCUUUAUUAAUGUGCUAUACUAUAGAUAUCUCUUGAUACAUUGUAAUACAAAUAUAUGUAUUGAUACAUUAUAGUAUAGAUUUCUGUAUGAACUAAAUAUUUUUAAAAUUAUAUUUUAUAAUACAAUGUUGCAUAUUUUUAAAAUAUUUAUUUACGAAAAAUUUAUUUAGUCUCAUAAUGAACUAUAUCAGGUCUGAAAGUAAAAGUGAAGAUACUCAAAGUGAUAAAACUUAUGACAGCAUUGAAAACCCUUCCUGGCACAACAGUAAGCAAAAUCAUUUAUUGAAUAAUUAUAUUCCAUAAUUGAAGCACUUAAAUAAUUCCCCCACCCCUACCUAAUACCAAUAUAGAGCAGUUAAUUUGAAGACAAAGUUACUAAAUAACACUAAUUUUUAUUUUACUUAGUUUACAUGUUUUUAAUAAUUGUAAAGCGCUUAGAGCUUUAAGGUAAGCGCUAUGUAAAAAUGCCUAAAUAAAUAAAUAAUAGAUAAUUGGAUAUUUUUUUUUAAAGUGUUUUUAUUUGAUGAAGUAAACUUGACUCAUCAUUUGUUAAGUAAGCCCUGCUACUUUAAUAAAACAUAAUAAAUAUAUAAUAAAUUAAGUGAAAUUUAAAAAAAAAGGAAAUGAGUAUUGAGUACACAAAAUUUACUCCAAAAAAGUUAUAGUAAUUAACUACAAUGGAACCUCUCUAUAAUGCACCAAUGCUAUUUAUUCACAUGGAAUAUCAAUAUUUCUGUGAGACUUCAUUAUAUGUGUACUUUAGUAGGCAUCUCGGUUGCAUUAGUUUCAACAAGGUAGGUUGCUUAAAAAUAUUGUAUUGUAAAACCAUGAACUAAUGCAAACCCAGUUAAAAGAAUCCAAUUUUUUCAGACUCCAAUUAUUGCAAUACAAUGGUGUUCCACUACAUUGUUACUUACCAUUUUAUGGUAUUACAAAUUUAAUGGGCCGAGUAGAAAAAGUACUUUAAGUGUAUUUUUGCAGUUACGAAAAAUAAUAAGUUUAAAGUUUUUUGUUUUUUUAAAUUCUUAUUUAAAUAUCUAAAAAGCUGCUCAAGGUAUUUCUAAAUCAUACACUUGUGUACAUUUUUCAUGAAUGAUAUUUACAGGAAUGAUUCAGGGGAAUUAAUCAUAAGACAGUGCCGAUCUUAAUUCAUUUUUGAAAAAUUGUAACUUAAGUACUUUUUCUACUCACCCCUUCUUAAUUUAAACUGUUUUAAGAUUUGGCUUGUUAGAUAUACAAUUAAAAUACACAACAAAGAACUGAAAACUAAUAUUCAAAGAUACCAAGCUUGUAAAAUUAUCAAUAAUCAAUUUAGUUAUACUGUUACAUUAUUAUUAAAAUAUGAAAUCAAAUAAGAAUACAGAAAUAACAUCGAUAUAAACUUACAGCAAGUGAAAAAGUAUAAAAAUAAAAGGUGCAAAUAUUAAUCCACACACACAGGGAAACAUUUUUUUUUUAAUUUUUGUCUUGUCUCUCAGGUAAGUCUGCCGGUCACAUUCGACCACCAUAGUUAUCAUGAGGGAGUCAAAAUCCUUCAGAAUAUAAAGUCUAGAAAUUCAAUCAUCAGCGAGUAUUUUCUACCUCUAUGUAGACCUUCUGGAAAUUGUAAAUAGACUUUUCUAAUCAGGGGCGGUGGGGGAAAGGAGUGUCACCACAUAUCACCAAGUUAUUCGGUGUCAUAAGUAAAAAAAAAAUUGAGUGAGGGUGCAGGCCAUGACUCAACAACAACCAACAUUCAGGUUGAACAAAAAAAUAUGUCAACAAAUUGAGUAUAACAAUCAACUGUAAGAAAAUCUAUUUGACUAAAUAUAUAACUUUGAGUAUUUCAUGGUCUCUAUAGAAGGUGCAGAAAGUUGUCAUCAGUAAUGACUGCUGCUGCUCUAGUUUGUUCCUUUAAAAACAGUACUUGGAACAAAAGUUUUGUAAACUACAGAUAGAGCCCAUGGAAUGAAUCUACUAUUUCUUAUUGAAUUGGAUAUGAAAUAAUCAAUGCUAUGACCAAUACCGCUAUAAGAUUUACUAUUGCAAUGUCUGCUUCUGAAAGGUGUGCUUUCUUAUCAUCAUCCUAUUACGAGAGUUGCCAGCCCAAAUUCCCCAGUAACUUCUGCUGCACCAAUUAAUGACGGGAUGAGUGAAACCAAAAACAGAGGUCAACCAAUGUAUGCUGGUAGGUUUCGACAAAAUUUUACAUGACAGUUGUGAAGGUCGUGCAAUAAAAUUUAAAAAAAUAUUCUGUCUAUAAUUGUUCUGUAGGUAUAAAAUCAGUUUAUGUUGAUAUCAUUAUUAAACUUGUCAUUUACUUGACUUGUUUUGUAUGGCAUAUUAUUAUUUAUGAUUUUUUUUCCUCCAUUUAAAUUAUGUUUAACUGUCAGGGAAGUAAUACCUAUUUUGCGAUUUCUUCUGCAUAAAAUUAUCUUCUAAUCAAUAUUUGACUGGUUUACUUAUGAAAAUGUUCUUUCAGACUACAGAGAUUUGAAAAAAGUCAAAGCAACAUCUUAUCAUUUAUAAACUAUUUUUGCAUAGUUUUUGAGGGGAAGAAUGAUUCUCUACUGAUGUCACCACAAUACCUAAAUCCUUCCAGUUAUUCUGUUUUUGAAAAUGUUUUAAUCGAUUUGUGAUUUGUUUACCUUUUAUUUAUUUUUACCGCAUUUAUAUUAUAAAAAAUGUUUCCUGUGUAAAUUUUAUUGUUAAAGGUUUAAAAGUUUUUUAAAAAAAUAAUAGAGUUACUGGAGAAACAUUUUCAUAAAGAUUAUUUAGACUGGCAGUACAAUUUAAAUUAUUUAUUUGUAACAGUGAUGAAAAACACAUAACCUAAAAUAAAUGCAAGUUUCUAUCAGGUUUUUAGUUUAGACUUUUAUGAAAUGAUCUGAUAUUGUAUUCAAAUUCACUUUUUCAAAUAAUGUCAUUUGAACAAGAUAAGUUACAAGUUGAAAUUUUCCUUUCAUUAUUUUAACAUUAACUUACUUACUUUCUUAAAAAUCCUAUCUUUUUAUACUGGAAAGAUAAUGUACAUUUUAUAGUUUCUCUUGUAGAUAACUAAUUAUAUAUUUCCUAUCACAAUAUUUUAUAACUAAUUUAUAUAUUUAAAAAUAAUUUUUACAGUAUUAUUUAUUUAUUUUCAAUUUAUCUCAAUUGUACAUACAAUAUAAAUCAACAUAAAAUUUUUUAUUUGAAAUCAAUUUCUGUUAAUUCAUUCAGUUACUUAAUUUUUAAAAAUAUUAAGAUUUUAUUAGUAAACAUAUGUACUAGAAGAAAUAAUAAUUUUAUCUUGUCUAGAUUUGAUAUAAUAAAUCAUUGUCUUUCUUCCAUUACUUAGGACAGUGGUUCUCAACCUUCCUAAUGUUGCGACCCUUUAAUACAGUUCCUCAUCUUCUGGCAACCCCCAAACACAAAAUUAUUUUCGUUGCUGUUGCUACUUCAUAAUUGUAGAGCACAUGUGUUUUCAGAUGGUCUUAAGCGACCCCUGGGAAAGGGGUCGCGACCAACAGGUUGAGAAUCGCUGACUUAGGACUUGGUUAAUAUUUGGGAUUGUUAUGGUAAUUCAGAUUUC